AUGCGAGUAGGGCGUCUUGGUGUUGUUGAUGAGCAUCCAUCUCAACUUCUGGUAUUUGUUCUCGGAGUUGAGCUCUCUGUCUACGCAAGUCUUGAGGACAACGUUGAAUGUUUUCCAAAUAUCGAAGCAGAUUAUGAUUGCCUUUUGAUUAGGUGUGCAUGCACUGAAUCGACUAAGAGCUUAAUCAGCCUUAUGUUCUUAGCCUCGGCUAGCGAUGCAAGUGUGGACCGAAGUGCUACGGUCGACUUUGUUAGCGAGUCCCAGUCGCAUCAGGAGGGACCCUUGGGUGAUGAGAGGAAUGAUCGACUUGCGGAUCAGCUGACGCAGCUCUUGGAGCGGUUAACAGGUGCGGUACUGCCGGUAGAGGCUCCUGUUAGGCCUAAGGUGCAGGCUCCUGUUGGGCCUGGUGUGCACCCUGUUGGGCCUGGUGUACAGCCCGUUGUCGGGGAUGUACAGCCCGAGGGGGUAGGUGCGGUGGUCGAGCAGCCGUACUACCUGAGGAUGUUGGAGCAGCUGCAGCGGUUCAAGACGUCUUUGUUUUUUGGAGGCUCCGACCCGGCUGUAACGGAUGAAUGGCGGGUGCGAUUGGAGCGAAACUUCUGGGAUCUGAAUUCGGCUUCUCAUGUGAGCUGGAUAUGGAGAAAACUUUGUAAGCUCUGGAAUAUUGCAAGACCUUUCAUUGUCUGUGCAGUUGGCUCAGGUAUUACAGCCAGUUUUUGGCAUGACAAUUGGACAGGUUUGGGGCCUCUCAUUGAUAUGGCUGGCUCCAAUGCUCCUCAAAUGGUUAGGAUGCCCUUAAGUGCAGUGGGUUUGAUUGAUUGUCAGCAUGAUGAUGUUUAUCUCUGGAAGCCUGAUCAUCAUGCUCCAUCAAACAAAUUCUCCACUAUUUUAACUUGGCAGGCUCUUCAUCCGGAUGAUAUUCAUGUCCCUUGGCAUGCUUCAAUCUGGUUUUCUAAUCAUAUUCCUAAGCAUGCAUUUAUUUGCUGGGUAACUGCGUGGAAGCGCCUCCACACUAGAGAUCGUCUCCACAGUUGGGGUCUUCAAGUUCCCCGAUGUUGCUUGUUGUGCUCCGCUCAUCACGAAAUUCACGACCAUUUUUUUUAAUGUGAUUACAUCUCUCAGAUUUGGCAUAUCUUCACUCGCAGGCUUCGCCUAAAUCCCCCUCCUCGGUUCAUGCCCUCUUUGCUUUGGCUUCGGACUGCGACUACCAAUUCCAAUUUGUAUUUCAUUUUAAAACUGCUGUUUCAGGCCUCUGUCUAUUACAUCUGGACGGAACGGAACCAGCGCCUCUACUCGUCCUCAUCCAAGUCACCUCCGAUUAUCAUAAAGGAGAUCACAAUGCUCAUAAAAGCACGGCUUGCUCCCUUGUCCGACGCUCAAACUAGGGUUAGACAAAGGGAAUCGUUGUUAGCAACCUGGUUUAGUCACUUCCUCUAAAGUUGGUUUCCGUCAUCUCACUGCUGCUGCCACUUCCUGGCUUUGAUGCAGGUCUCCGACGACCAGUGUUUUAA